AUGCCGCGCCACCGCCCCCCCGGCUUCCGGUGCUGCGCAGUUUCCGGAGCGGAUCACAACCCGGAGUCCGGAUCCGACCCCGCUCUACACAUUCCACAGGCAGGUAAAGCCCCGGGCCCGUGCCCACCGCGGCCCCACCGCGCGCCUCCCGCCGCGCCCCGCGCUCCGCGCCCGGCCCCGGCCUGGCCUCCACCCGCGCCCCCCGCGCCCGCCCCGGUCCGGCCGCCGCGCCGCCUGUUCUUUGUUACAGUCGCGGGCGCCGUGGGCGAUCGGAGUCAAAACCCGGCUGGAUUCCGGAGCCGCUCCGGGAUCACCCUGCGCCCGCCGGGUUCCGCCGCCGCGGGCUUGGCCUCCGCCCUGGGUGCCCGACCUCCGUCCCGCGCGCACGGCCCGCGCCAACUGCCCGCCACGAGCCCGGCCCACGCCAACCCACGCCCGGCCGCCCACUCGCGGGCUCGGCGUACCCCGGCCCAGGCUCGGGCGCUGUGCCCCUGGUGUCAGCAAUGGCUGAAGAUGGCAGUGAGGAGAUCAUGUUUAUCUCGUCUGUUUACAGGGUGUGAAGACUGUAGCCAGUACCACGACUCGGAGUGUCCUGAACUGGGACCUGUGGUUAUGGUCAAGGACUCCUUUGUCCUGAGCAGGGCAAGGUCCUCCCUCCCCUCUAACCUGGAGAUCAGACGCCUGGAUGAUGGGGCUGAAGGUGUGUUUGCAGUAACCCAGCUAGUCAAGCGCACACAGUUUGGUCCAUUCGAGUCCAGGAGGGUCGCCAAGUGGGAGAAGGAAUCCGCAUUUCCUCUGAAGGUAUUCCAGAAAGACGGGCAUCCUGUGUGCUUUGACACUUCCAACGAGGAUGACUGCAAUUGGAUGAUGCUGGUGCGGCCAGCACUAGAACCGGGCCACCAGAACCUGACAGCCUACCAGCAUGGCAGUGAUGUCUAUUUCACCACCUCAAGGGAUAUCCCUGCGGGCACUGAACUUCGUGUGUGGUAUGCUGCCUUUUAUGCCAAGAAGAUGGACAAGCCCAUGCUGAAGCAGGCCUGCUCUAGCAUUCAGGCUUCAGGCACCCCUGAGCCCAGUGUCCCUGCAGAGCCUGAGCGUGGCCAAUGGGUGUGUAAGGUGUGCUCCAGCUCCUUCCUGGAGCUUCAGCUCCUGAACGAGCAUCUCUUGGGCCACCUGGAGCAAGCCAAAAGCCUUCCUGCAGGUGGCCAGCAGCAUGAGGCAGCUUCUGAGAAAGAGCCUGAUGCACCCAGGAGGGAGCCUCCCACAGCAGCUGAGAGCAAGAGCAUCCAGAGUGCUGUGGCCACUAAAGAGCCAAAGAAAAAGCCUCGAAGGGGAAGGAAACCCAGAGCAUCCAAGGUUGAGCAGCCUCUGGUCAUCAUCAAAGACAAGGAGCCUGCAGAGCACGUGGCAGAGAUCAUUACUGAAAUCCCCCCAGAUGAGCCUGUGAGUGCAACACCAGACGAACGGAUAAUGGAAUUAGUCUUGGGGAAGCUGUCCACCCCGACAAAUGAAGUCAGCUCAGUGCCAAAGUUCACGCAUCAUCCAAGCAGCACCAUUGCCCUCAAGAGGGGCUUGGUUCUGUCCAGCAGACAUGGCGUCCGGCGGAAGCUCGUACGGCAGCUGGGUGAGCAUAAACGAAUCCAUCAAUGUGGCACCUGCAGCAAGGUCUUCCAGAACAGCAGCAACCUGAGCCGGCACGUGCGCUCGCACGGUGACAAGCUGUUUAAAUGUGAGGAAUGUUCGAAACUGUUCAGCCGUAAAGAAAGUCUAAAGCAACAUGUCUCCUACAAGCACAGCCGGAAUGAGGUGGAUAGUGAGUACCGCUACCGCUGUGGCAGCUGUGGAAAGACCUUCCGCAUGGAGAGUGCGCUGGAGUUCCACAAUUGUAGGACAGAUGACAAGACGUUCCAAUGUGAGAUGUGUUUCAGAUUCUUCUCCACUAACAGCAACCUCUCCAAGCACAAGAAGAAACAUGGGGACAAGAAAUUUGCCUGUGAGGUCUGCAGUAAGAUGUUCUACCGCAAGGAUGUCAUGCUGGACCACCAGAGGCGGCACCUGGAUGGUGUGCGGCGAGUGAAGAGAGAAGACUUGGAGGCCAGUGGGGAAAGCCUGGUUCGUUACAAGAAAGAACCUUCUGGAUGCCCAGUAUGUGGCAAGGUGUUCUCUUGCCGGAGCAACAUGAACAAGCAUCUGCUGACCCACGGUGACAAGAAGUACACCUGCGAGAUCUGCGGGCGCAAGUUCUUCCGAGUGGACGUGCUCAGGGACCACAUCCACGUCCACUUCAAGGACAUCGCACUAAUGGAUGACCACCAGCGGGAAGAGUUCAUCGGCAAGAUUGGGAUCUCCUCAGAGGAGAACGAUGACAACUCUGAUGAGAGUGCAGACUCCGAGCCUCACAAAUACAGCUGCAAGAGAUGCCAGCUCACCUUUGGCCGUGGGAAGGAAUACCUGAAGCACAUCAUGGAGGUGCACAAGGAGAAGGGUCAUGGCUGCAGCAUCUGCCACCGGCGCUUUGCACUCAAGGCCACCUACCAUGCCCACAUGGUCAUCCACCGAGAGAACCUGCCUGAUCCCAACGUGCAGAAGUACAUUCAUCCCUGUGAGAUCUGUGGGCGGAUCUUCAAUAGCAUCGGGAACUUGGAGCGCCACAAACUUAUCCACACAGGUGUGAAAAGCCAUGCCUGUGAGCAGUGUGGGAAGUCCUUUGCCAGGAAAGACAUGCUGAAAGAGCACAUGCGUGUGCAUGACAACAUCCGAGAGUACCUGUGUGCCGAGUGCGGGAAAGGCAUGAAGACCAAGCAUGCACUGCGCCACCACAUGAAGCUGCACAAGGGCAUCAAGGAGUAUGAGUGCAAAGAAUGCCACCGCAAGUUUGCUCAGAAGGUCAACAUGCUCAAGCACUACAAGCGGCACACAGGAAUAAAAGACUUCAUGUGCGAAUUGUGUGGGAAGACAUUCAGCGAGAGGAACACAAUGGAGACCCACAAGCUCAUCCACACAGUGGGCAAGCAGUGGACUUGUUCCGUGUGUGACAAGAAGUACGUCACGGAGUACAUGCUUCAGAAACAUGUCCAGCUCACCCAUGACAAGGUGGAAGCACAGAGCUGCCAGCUGUGUGGCACCAAGGUGUCCACCCGGGCCUCCAUGAGCAGACACAUGCGGCGCAAGCACCCUGAGGUCCUUGCUGUGCGGAUUGAUGAUCUUGACCACAUCCCUGAGACCACCACCAUUGAUGCUUCCUCCAUUGGCAUUGUCCAGCCUGCAUUGGGCCUGGAGCAGGAGGGGCUGGCAGAAGGCAAGCAUGGGAAGGCUGCCAAGCGCAGCCACAAGAGAAAGCAGAAGCCGGAGGAGGAGGCAGGGGCUCCAGUGCCCGAGGACACCACCUUCAGCGAGUACCCUGAAAAGGAGCCAGAGUUCACAGGCAGUGUGGGUGAUGAAACAAAUUCUGCUGUGCAGAGUAUCCAACAGGUGGUGGUGACCCUAGGGGACCCGAGUGUGACUACUCCAUCAAGCUCUGUCGGCCUGACCAACAUCACCGUGACCCCCAUCACCACUGCAGCUGGGACUCAGUUUACCAAUCUACAGCCAGUAGCUGUUGGACACCUUACCAACCCUGAACGCCAGCUACAGCUGGAUAACUCCAUACUGACUGUGACCUUUGACACUGUCAGUGGCUCCGCCAUGUUGCAUAACCGCCAAAAUGAUGUCCAGAUCCACCCACAGCCAGAAGCCUCAAACCCUCAGUCAGUGGCCCACUUCAUCAACCUCACUACACUGGUGAACUCCAUCACACCCCUGGGGAACCAGCUCAGUGAGCAGCACCCACUCACAUGGCGGGCUGUGCCCCAGACGGACGUGUUGCAGCCACCACAAGCUCCUGCAGCCCCACAGCAGGCAGUGCAAACCCAGGUACAGAAUGAACAGCAACAGAUGUACAGCUACUGAUAAUGCGGCUGCAGAGCUGGCUGAGCUGCAGGGAGGGCUCUGAGGCCUUGAGGUUUAUUUGCUGGGUACCAAACAGGGAGAGUAUACACAUGGCAGGAUCACUGAGGUUGGGUUAGCGUUGCAAAGUUACCAGCUUAGCUGGUGCCAUGGCCUUUGACAGGCAGGAGCUUAAAGCACUCCGUGGAGUUCCACCAUGUGCUUCCCCAAGGUGGUGCAGUCUGGCCAGACCACAGUGUCACCCUCAGAGGUCUGUAAUUGUCAUGGGGCUCAGGGACACAGAUAGCAGGUUCCUAGAAGCAGGUGUAAUAUCCCAAGAACCAGGGAGAUUUGAUCUUUUUUCUUUAGCACUCCAGUAAUGAUACUGAAACAUGGCUAGCCUUCUCAGGCAGCACACAGAAGCAAACCCAGGUUUCUCCUUGCUCCUGGAUUCACAAGCAGGGAGAAAGAAGUCAAGUAACUCUUCCUCUGAAGUCUCAGUUUGUUUGUCACAGGGCUGUGGCCUGAGGCCUCAUAUGAGAAGUAUCAUGAACCUCAUGGGAGGCCCCUAGAUCAGGCACAAAAGGCAUCUUGGGAACAUCCAUAGAUUGAUUUUAUGAACAGUUUGUUCAUUUUAUUUCAUAACCACGUUAUGUAUUAUGGCCCUCUUGUGGCCAAUAUUGAUUUAUUUUAAUAUGAUAAAGUCGUUUGCACUGUAGGGUGUUGGUCCCUGUCUUGUGCACAGGUGCCUUGCGUGAGGGCACACACAGUUGUGUGCAAAGUAAGCCCUCAUGCUCAAAUCCCAAUGCUCCUCCAGAGCCAUCUCAGGACUCUGCCAUCCAAACAUAUGUAUUACGGUGCAGCUUAGCCACACCUUUGAGUGGAGAAUGGGGAGUGAACCCAUGUUUUCUUUCUGUGUAAGCCUUAAUUCCAAAAGGUGGUUGUAUCUGAAGACCAAUUUCCUACGAAGUGGAGGAGUUCAACUCUACAGGAGAGAAGUAUAGCUAGUGAUUUAAGGAAACCCAGAGAGGUGUGGGUGGGGUGAGAGCAGAAGUGGUCACCAUGACAGUGCAGGCAAGCUGGCCACACCUAGCUGGGGGGACUUGGCAGCACAUACUUGUACCAUCCCAGUGGCAACAGGCCGGACUGCCAUCAUGGUGUCCACAGUCCCAGCACAGGGACACAAAGAGGCAAGGUGACAGGAGAGUCUUGCUCUGUGGUCUUGCUCUUCUCAUCAGUUUUUAAUGUCAUACAAAAGAAGAAGAACUUGAAGAUGAACUUGCCUUACUUUGUCCUUGGUCCCGUAUUUCCUGGAUGUAGCCCGAAUUGGGCAGCCACCCUGCAGAGACCCUGGCAGCUAACCAGCAGUGGGCAAAGGAAGCUGCAGUCAGCCUGAUGUCAGACAAGGUGGCACUUUCUCAGCACCUCAUUCCAGAG